AUGUUUUCACUCGGGUCUCACUCUGCUGACGAUGUCGUUGUCGAUGUUGCCGUGUGCACAAAAAUGCACAAAACGCCAGCGAAGAGCGCGUCAAACGCUCCUACUCCCAGGAUGAGGCUUCUCUGUGCGGCCGCGGCCCUGGCCGCGGUCUUCACUUUGACGCGAGAAGCGGCCUUUAGUCAGCCUUCGUCUCUGCGCGGGCACUCGCCAAGCUUUCAGCCAGUGCGUGGCGAGAUACAUGGUGCCGAAAGCCGAUUUGUUGGACAAUCGUACAAUUUCGGAAGCACUGUUGCCGUCCCUGGAUGUGCUCUGGGUCUCGCACUCGUUACGUUGAUGGCCAAGAAGGGAUGGAGAUUGAAGUCCCGAGCCAAAUGGCGCAAAGCAGUCAAUAGUCAAAAUCGAGGACGCGUUGGUUACAGGGCGGACAGACGGCCACCUCUCUUUGGACCCGAAAAGCCACCGCACGAGGGGAAGCGAAUCUACCACUAUUACUGCAACAAGAUCUACAAGGUGAUCCGAUUCUCGGCCGCUACCGAUGUGGCUCCGGCCAGUGCUAGUCAGGUGGGCUCGGAUUGGAUUCAGCAAAAGUUUGCGGCGUGGUUCCCUACCCGGGCACCUGGAUUUUCUGGAAAGAUGGCCUCUGCCGUGUGCUUUUCUAUGUGUGCCUUGCUUUUCUGCUACCGUUUCACUGCUUGA